CAUUUCUACUGUUUGCCGUUUUGAUCCUAAAUCACCCUUUCACUCAUCGACGUUUCCAUUCAGGCUUGCCUUGCGACCAAAAAGUGAGCAUACACCCACCCACCAACUCCGUCGGCGCGCGGGAUAAUCAAACCCAAAAUCUUGUUGCCAGGGCGGCGGAAGCUCUCGCUUUCACUACUCCCAUACUAUUUUAUUUUCAACCCACAUUAAAAAGGGAUAUGCACUAACCGCUCUCAGAUACGAAGCUCUCCACCAUGGCUUCGUUGCCUGGAUUCAUUAAAAUCAAGGAUGCUAGUAGUGCCGGCGACAGAGCCUCUUUCAUUGGAAUAGUCACUGAGUUGAAGCCACCGUACAAGUCACGUGGUGACGACUUCCUCCUCCAUUUCACCGUUCAAGAUGAGUUUGGUACUGGAGAGGCCAUGGAACGCCUAUCAACUAUUAACUGCAAGAUAUUUCGGAAACAAAUGGGCGACUUGCCGAAGCUCGGUGCCGUGGGAGACGUUGUCAUUGUCCGUCAGAUACGAAUAGUCAAGUUCGGAGGAUACGGAAACUCCACGAAAUUCGAGGCCAUUGCAUCUUCUAAUGUAUACAGGUUUGAUGUCCUCUUCUUCAAUCCAAAAGACAUCCCAAACCCUGAGUUCAGCACUGCAUAUGGAGAGGGUGGACUUUCAAACCUACGAUGGGUCGGAAGCGCCAACGCUCCCAUGCCUUCACGUAGUGAGCAGAUGGAAGUCAUCCGCAUGAAAGCAGCAGCUGGGACAUCAGUAUCACCUCUAACACACCCGCAAAAUACUAUAACACAUAAACCCUCCCCACAGGCCCGGCUACGGAGAGGAUUCUCGCUCAUCAAGGACGUGCAAAUAAUGAGGUAUUACGACCUCGUAGGAGAGGUUGUAAAGACUUGGGACACGGGCUACAACACAAUCGACGUUUACCUGACCGACUAUACUGUCAAUAAAGACCUAUUCCUCUAUGAAGACCCCCAGCAGGUCGAUGACCCCUAUUCCAUUCCCAACAAGAACUGGCAAGGGCCCUAUGGGCAGAUCACCAUGGCGAUCCGUUUAUGGGAUCCGCACGCUACGUACGUCAACGAAAAUAUUCAAGUAGGCGAUCUCGUUCGAAUAGAUGAUGUGCAUAUCAAAAUGUCACCAGCCAAUAAGCUGGAAGGGGCACUCCAUGUGGACCAAAGAUACCCAGAUAAGGUCAAGAUUCGCAAGGUCAGCUAUCAAGCCCAAACAGCCGCGUUUAUGAAGAGAAAAGAGGAAUAUCUCAAUAGUCACGGUAAACGCCACACAGAGAUCUCAACCGAUCGUGACCCACAGCUGUCGAAGACGGCGAAAAAGAAAGCGAAAGCGGCAAAGGAGCGACGACUGAAGAAGCAAGAAGAGCAGAAACUGUUGCAGGAAAGAUUCACAGAGGUAACGUCUGGAGAGGGCUGCAAUCCACAUAUCCGUGCGUCAUAUUCGAGUAUACAAUUCUCUACACUGGGAGAGAUCAUGUCAAAUACCGGCUUGGUUACCAAGGGCCCAUCAGAGGCGGAAAUUACUUUGCCAUUUGUCAAUUGCAAAUAUCGUACUCGCCUUCGCGUUGUCGAUUUCUAUCCACGUACCCUAGAAGACUUCACGCAUUCCAUGGCGGACUGCGACUGGAACGUUGCAAUGAACGACCCGGACAAUCAAAACAGACGACGAGACGAUGCUUGGAAAUGGGCAUUCGUCCUGCUUGUGGAGGACGCCGUUGUUUCUAGUAACCAAGAGGUGCAACGUUUGCCGUUGUUCGUCACGGAUAAAGACGCACAGUGUCUUCUCAAGAUGGAUGCAACUGACCUCAGAAGAGAUACCAAUGAGCACAUUGUAGAGAAGCUUCGAGAGAAAUUGUUCAUUCUCUGGGGUAAUCUUCUGGAACUGAAGAAAGAUCACCAGUCCCAGGGCAUCCAAUUUCCCCUACCACACGGAGACAACCGGCUCCAGAACAUGCCCUUCGAAGCUUGCAUUGAAGAAUACGGAGUAAAAGUUCUGAAGUCUUCUCAGUGGCCGCUGGGCUGGCAACGCACGCAUAGACUACUUCAAACAGUGAUUCAGGAUUGAAUCGGGAGUCAUCUACUCGUACGGUGCAUGGGAUCUGUUGAGCUUUGGCGUAUUAUUUGCUUUCCGAUGUUACAUGAUACCCUUGAUGAGAAACUUAUUGCGUUGAUAGAACAUGCAUGAUCAGAUCCUUCUGCUAAGAGCCCGAAAGUCGGCCAGGAGCGAAGGGAAGUGUCGGCUGUAAAUACGAGCUGGUGUAUGCAAUGUAGG